GAGGACGGUCCAGAUUGCUCUCCUCCACUUACUCGUACCAUACCCACUUCAUCCACAUCUGUAUACGUCUACUGGGCUCCACUGGAUAGGAAUGCAAAGUGCAUUAAUGGAGUGUUGAGAGGAUACAAGAUAGCCUACAAAAUAUCAGGAAGAUAUUACAACUUACAGAAUGUCGAUGUGAAACAACCGACUGCUCGAUCGUUUCUGGUGACAAGACUUCAGAAAUUCACAACCUAUUCAUUCCAAGUACUGGCAUACACUAUCGAGGACGGUCCACUGAGUAAUGCACGGGAUGCAACAACUUUAGAAGAUGGUCCAGAUUGCUCUCCUCCACUUACUCGUACCACUCCCACUUCAUCCACAUCUGUAUACGUCUACUGGACUCCACUGGAUAGGAAUGCAAAGUGCAUUAAUGGAGUGUUGAGAAGAUACAAGGUAGCCUACAAAAUAUCAGGAACAAAUUACAAGUUACAGUAUGUGGAUGUGAAACAACCGACUGCUCGUUGGAUUCCGGUGACAAGACUUCAGAAAUUCACAACCUAUUCAUUCCAAGUACUGGCAUACACUAUCAAGGACGGUCCACUGAGUAAUGCACGGGAUGCAACAACUUUACAAGAUGAGCCUGAAGCUGCUCCAGAAGCAUUGCAUAUAUUGAAAAUCAAUACCACGACUUACACCGCUACUUGGAAUGAAGUACCUGAACACUUGAGAAAUGGUUUGGUAAUAAAUUACGAAGUGAGAUGGAUUAUGAUGCGAAAAGGAAACCAAGCAGUCACAGGAAAAGCCCAUACUAGUGGUAAAAUAGAUGGCUUCUCUUAUACGAUUCAUGGAUUAUCAUUGUGUGCACAGUACAGCAUAUCUGUUAGGGCGUACACACGUGUUGGACCUGGGCCAUACAGUGCACCAGUUAACAUAACAACACAAC